ACGUCAGCGCCAACAUGCACUGCAACUUUAACGGGACUCUGCUGAUCAGCGUGCUCCCUCCUCUGCUGGCCACUGAGUUUGUUUUGGGAGUUUUAGGGAAUGGAUUGGCUCUGUGGAUCUUCUGCUUCCACCUGAAGCCAUGGAAAAGCAGCACAGUGUUGCUCUUCAACCUGGCCAUGGCGGAUUUUCUGCUCUUCAUGGCUCUGCCUUUCAGGGCAGCCUACUACAGUUCUGGGAUCAAGUGGAGGUUUGGGGGCACGUUCUGCAACGUCUGCCUCUUCCUGCUGGCGAUGAACCGCAGUGGCAGCACUAUCUUCUUGAUGGUCAUCGCUUUGGAUAGAUACAUGCGUGUGGUGCACCCUCAUCACCCCAUCAACUCUCUGAGUGUCUCCAAAGCCAUGUGUGGAGCUCUGGCACUGUGGUUCCUCACCAUCUCCAUGACAGCGCAUAUUUUCACCUUAAAACACACCAACACCAUCUACUGUGAGAGCUUCCUGAUCAACACUGUACCCAACCACAACCUCACCUGGCAUAAGUUUGAGUUUAUCUUCUCUUUCUUCAUGCCUCUGGUUGUCAUUCUCUACUGCACCGUCCACAUUAUUGUCCAGCUGAGAGGCAGGCAGCUGGCCCAGCAUGCAAAGAUUAAGAAGGCGCUGUGCUUCAUCACCGUGGUUGCAGCCCUCUUUUUCAUCUGCUUCUUCCCGAGCAACAUUGUGCAGGUUCUGAUUUGGAUCAAGACCCGAGAAGUAUCCAGCACCCUGCAAGGAUCUGACAUCUGCCUAGCCCUGGAGGAUCUGACCACGGCUUUUUACAUCAGCAUCAGCCUGACUUAUCUCAACAGCGCACUGGAUCCAAUAGUCUACUACUUCUCCAGCCCUGCUUUCAAGAACAUCUGCAGGAAAGCUCUCCAUCUGCAAGAGGCAGACACACUUGAGAGUACAGAGAGGAGAACUCGAGAGACAGGCUCCCAGUCACUCAGCCAGCUGUGAUCACAAAGACCGCAUCAAGGUAUCAUUUAACUGAGAGACUCUCAGCUGGAGGGUCGGGACCCAAAAGUGGGUCAAGAAUGUACAGUGCUUAACAAAUUUAUUAGAC